GCAAAAGUCCUCACCUCAGCUGAAUUUUUCGGUCCAUGGCGAAAGUAACCGAGCAAGCAAGCAGCGUACGAGUUCUGUGCCCAAAGCUCGUUCUCCGCAAGAACGAACCGGGCCUCCAAUGGCUAAUCGGGUCCCCAUUUCUCCCGCCACUCACCAUCGUCUCCACACUCCGAUGCAUCCACACCCGCUCUCCCCACGGCUUUCCCUCGCCCGAUUACCUCAAAGAAUCAGAGGAUAUUCGGACGUUGCUACUUAAAGGUUUUGAAGUAAUCGGAGCAUUAGUUAUUGGAAAUUCGGAGUCCGAGAAGAACGCUAGCGAGGCAAUCGAUGCCGCCCGUAGAUUGAAAAAGCUUCUUUCUGAAGGAGUAUAUCCAGAGGAUGAGGUGACGAUCGGUGCGGUUGCUGAUUUGAAUAAUACUAGAGACGUUCAAUUUUUCCGAACCAGAUCGGAUAAUUCAAGGAGCCUGGAAUUAGUUACUUCGGUGGUAUAUGAUGAGCAUCCGGAGAAGCAUAUUUGGGAGACGGGUUGUUUGCUGCGGUGCGAGCUUCCGAUUAGGUUUCCAGUCUAUUUUCCUGCAAAAAAUGGGCCAGAUGCGGAGAAGAUGUAUUUGCGUGCGACUGAAGCAGUUGUUGCCAAGUUCAAAGACCCACAGGUUGUAUAUGUGGUAGAAACAUUAAGCAAAGCCUCCACAGAAGUUCCUCGACCUGUCAUUCUUCGUGGUGUAGAAUUGGACUUUGACACAGCUCUUUCAAAUAUCAAACUGUUGGGUAAAGAUGCUCAUGAUUCUGACCCAAAGUUUCUAUCAUGCGCGCACUUUUGUUUGAAAAGUAAAUCUGACGGACCAAUUUUGUCUGCAGAGAAUGCAGAUAUAAUUCAACUAAGCGUUCUGCUUAAUAGCUCAGAAAAGUGUGAGAAAUCCUCUGCACCUGGUGCAGAAUAUAUUCCAGCUUUGGAAGAAGCCAGGCUUUUAGCUGUAAACUUUAAGCUAGAAGUGCUCUGUUAUGCAGCCAAGGAGAUUCCGGUGAUGUAUGCGGUUUUGAAGUUAAUCAUACCUGGUUUAGUUGAUCAGUUGAAUUCAAUGAAGAAUGUAAUCUUGCCCAAUCUCUUAACAGAACAUCCUCAGCUUUGUCCCUAUCACUUUAAUCCUCCUGGAGUUUUGCAUCCAAUAACUGUUAUUUAUGAACUGAAUUAUGGGGAGACAGAAAUGAAGCAAGUUGAUAUUAGAAAAUCCCUGCACUUGAGGCUGGGACUACCAUCUGAUCGUCCUCUCUUGAGAACUGCUAAUGCCCUGGAUUUGUCUACAACAAAUAACAGUGCAAGGAAUGACGCAAUACGAAAAGGUUCUACUUUGCUUAAAGAUGUGCACAUUGGAAUUCCAAGCAGUGGUGUUCCGGGGGGUAUUGUGUCUCUGAUUCAAGGUUCUUAUGAAUACUAUCAUUAUCUUCAAGACAGUUUCAAUGAUUCGGGCUGGGGUUGUGCUUACCGGUCCCUGCAGACUAUCAUUUCGUGGUUCAGACUCCAACACUACUCCUCCAUAGAUGUUCCUUCACAUAGGGAAAUACAGCAGGCACUUGUAGAGAUUGGCGAUAAAGAUGCUUCUUUUAUUGGAUCACGCGAAUGGAUUGGUGCCAUUGAGUUGAGCUUUGUUUUAGACAAACUUCUAGGUGUUUGUUGCUGCUUUGAACAGGUCAGCUGCAGAGUCAUAAACGUUACUUCUGGAGCUGAGCUUCCUGAAAAAUGUCGAGAGCUGGCCUUGCACUUUGAGAAUCAGGGAACGCCCAUUAUGAUCGGUGGAGGUGUUCUUGCAUAUACGCUAUUGGGAGUCGAUUACAAUGAAGCAAGUGGAGAUUGUGCAUUCCUUAUACUCGAUCCUCAUUAUACCGGCAAUGAAGACCUGAAGAAAAUUGUAAAUGGCGGGUGGUGUGGGUGGAAGAAGUCUGUUGACAGCAAGGGAAGGAGUUUCUUCUUACAUGAUAAGUUCUAUAAUCUUCUCUUGCCACAGCGUCCCAAUAUGGUAUGAUUUUACAACUCUGAUAAAGUACAAAAGAGGUGGAGUUUCUGCCAACUUGGGAACUUUGAACUCCUAAGCAGAACAGGCAGCUUUCAGCAAGUUAACAAGCGGUAAGAGAUAUUUUCCUAUGUUUAAUACAUACAUAAUUCAACAAUAGUAGGCAUUAUCUUCUUAAUAUUUUGUUCUGUAAUUUUAAUUCUGUCUGCUGUGCUGAAUUGCUUGCUCAUUGCCAUUGUUUCUGGCCGAAUUUGGCUUGUGUUCAACUGAGGAAUAAAAGCUAUUCGCCCCAGUUUAUUUA